AUGGCUGACUUUGGGCUGGCCCGCUCCGUCGCGCAGCUCGCAGCCGAGGAGGGGAACCCCGUGCUGACGGACUACGUGGCGACGCGAUGGUACCGCGCCCCGGAGAUCCUGCUGUCCUCCAUGCGAUACACCUACGGCGUGGACAUGUGGGCCUGCGGCUGCAUCCUGGGCGAACUGCUGAAUGGGAAGCCGGUCUUCCCCGGCACCUCCACCAUGAACCAGCUGGACAGGAUCCUGGAGAUCACGGGUCGGCCCUGCGCCGAGGACGUCGAGGCGGUGCAGUCGCCGUUUGCGGCCACGAUGCUCGAGUCGAUGCGCGCGCCCGACACGCCCCGCCUGGAGGCCGCCUUCCCCUCUGCCUCCCCCGAGGCCCUGGACCUGCUGGAGAAGCUGCUGCAGUUCAACCCGGAGAAGCGAAUCAGUGCGGAGGAGGCGCUGCGUCACCCCUACUGCCUCCCCUUCCACAACCUGGUGGACGAGCCGGUGGCACCCAACACCAUCACCAUCCCCAUCGACGACAACACCAAGGCGGGUGACGAGUCACAUUCACAGCCCACACCGCUCUCCCCCCUGCAGCAUAUGAUCCACCAGUACCGCGACAAGCUGUACAUGGAGAUCCUCAGGAAGAAGAAGGAGAUGCGGCGCCGGAUGAAGGAGCGGGAGGCGGCGAGGGCGAGCCGGGGCACGCGAACCGGCGGCAGCAACCCUCAGCAGCAGCAGCGCGCCGCUGCGCCGGAGCAGGGGCGGCGCACGGCCGUGGCCGGUCGGGCAUGA